CUCUACCAGUGUUAUUUAUAAUGUACACGCAACUCAAAUCGUUCUUUGUAGUCUCUACGACUCUGAUCUCUCUUACUGCUUGCGCCCUGAAUGAAAAGGGUUCUAAUAGUCGCAACUCCAAAUGUCCACAGUUUAGCGGUAACUUUACAAUCUCAGCCUAUCAGUUAUACCCAGAAAAUGCGGACUUCGACUUUAACUCAUGUGUCUUGUAUACAGGAAACCUCUGGAACGCCUCUGUCGGAAUCUAUGAUCCCUAUACAACCGCCUAUGAAUCUAUCGAGUUUGAAAAUAUCACCGGCAAUCCUGAUUUCUUUAUCGGAGGGGUGAAAAUGAAUCACCGUACGAAUCUGCUGUCCGUUACCGCCUACGCCAACAAAGCUUUCGGCACUGAAGGACAAGACCUGUCUGGAACCAAUUAUGUUAUGCAGUGGAAUCCGUCUACACGUCAGCUACACUACAAGCAUAAUCUCACCGCCACUACACAGGGCCGGUUUAGCGGCCUCCAAGAUGUCGCGCAUGAUCCAGCGAACAAUGUGUAUGUCAUUGGCACAUACCCAAGCAGCAUCGUGAGAGUCGACCCGAAAGGGAAAAAGGCGCAGACCUGGUAUCUGGAAGAUAGACUGGACAAAGUGAUUGCUGGUUAUUCUGGAGUGGCCACCAAAGACUGGACUCUUAUAGCAAACGACGAAGCAACAGGUAGUCUAUACCGUUUCGACAUGCGUGCCAAGAAGGGAAUUCCAGUUCGGAUCGAGGUCACUCCUCCUCACGAAAUUGGCCUGACGGAUGGUAUCCAACUACCUCCGAAAUACAAUGGCACUGUUCUUGUAGUCGCAGAGCGCACAUUGGGUGCCUCCGUGUACAGAAGUCGCAAAAGAGAUUGGAAGAAAGCGGAGUACCUCGGGAUCGUGCCUUGGUUCAGCACAGAUAGAAACGUCACAAAGGCUUUGCAGGUUGGGGAUGCCGUGUUCUUCAAUCUAACACCCUUUGGGGAUACAGGGAUUGGUGGGCCUAGGUCUGCUGGAAAUCGCACUGACUUUUUCUACAUGGAUAUUACGGGGGAAAUUGAUGCUCUAUUAAGGAGAUAAAGUUGUAGAAUUAACAAAGUUGGGUAUAGAGUUUAGUCCUUUGUUCACAUAAUACUCAGUGUGCUCUCGAUCUCUGUACACUCUUAAGAGAGCG